AUGUUGAGUGUGUUUGAAUAUCCAAAGUUGCUUGCGCAGCUCGAGAAAAUCGUGGUAUACGUGGAGGGCGAGUUAGGCUCGGAAAACGCAGCAGUGCAAAACUUCCGAGCCGAGGCCUCGAGGUUCGCCGAGCUUUACGGCCGCACAAACGAUUUGCGCAUCCUGGCGGCUGUUCCGAAGUCACACGAUCAGUCUGUUGACCCCAAGAUCGCCGAGCUGUGCGAGUUGGACCAACUGCAAACCAGAAACGACUCCAUGCGCUUCAUGCUCAAGCUCGAGGUCGUCAAGAGAGAAAUAGUAAAGCUAGUUGGAGGAGACUGCGACUUGAUUGGCGCCUUCAAGAAUGUUUGGCGACAGCUCGGUAAAUAG